AUGUCUGACACUUCAAAGAGUUCUGGUAAGCACCGUCCGCGCACGUAUCUCCCCGAAGGUUUCCUCAGAAUCUCGAAGCAAACAUCGUGGAAGUCGGGGUAAUGGAGGAGGCGGCUGGAAUCCGUUCCGCCGAAUGAUUUCGAUUGUGACCGGACGCCAAGAGAACACUUCUUCGACGAGCACCAGCCAUUCGGACGGCGAUGCGGUCAUUUUCAGGUGCGGUGGAAGGUGAAGGUGAAAGUGCGCUCCACGGAUAAUCUGUUGCAGAUGGACGGCCGCUUGUCUCAACACGACCUGUCCGAUCUUCUCGAGAAAUCCGCAAUUCAACAUGAUCUACAGCCCCGCGCCGUCGCUUCUGAUGUUCGUCGUCGUGACGUUGUCGUCGGAGAACUCGAUGACGAAGACAUUACAACGACUUUUUGAGCUCACCGACGACGAUAUUGACGGUUUUAUUAUUUUUUUUGCAAACUUUCCUUCUUCAUUCCUUCAUUUAAUUUCUCGACUUUGUCUUUUAGACAUUCGUGAAAUGAGCAAGAAGCUCCAAGAGCUCCGUGCUCAGGGCGUCUUCUACUAUUUCGUCCGUUUUCUCGUCGACGAAGAGCGCACGACGACUGUGAGCAAGGAGCUGAUGAGCAAAAGCACGGACGUCUCCGGCCAGCAAGUGUUCGCCUCGAUUCGUCCGUCCCGAGUCGUCAAGUACCUGAACACGCUCACUUUUUCACCGGUCACUUUGAGCCGUCCGCCCUUGCUCACCACAAAUGGCUACGCGUCGACGGGCCUCAACGCCAAAUGGAUCGGAAACACGCGGAAAGCGGGCCUCCAUCGGUUCGCGUGCAGUUAUCACAAGAAGAAGAUGGAGCCGUUCUUCGAGAUUCGCACCGGAUUCCGGAGAAUCACGAUGGAACAGUUUGAGGUAAGUGAGGGGACGAAAAACGUUGGGAAUUGAACCCGGAGGACAUGGGAGCGUGUCAGGAGACAUGUUAAAAGUGGCCGUAUUCUCUGUUUUGCAGGCCAUCGAAGUGCCGUUCCAAACCGACCGUUGCACUCAUUUCGGGAGCCUCCUCGUGCUGCGGCCCCACUUCCUGGGUCAUCUGCCCUACGCGAACCGUCAACUGACCACCGAGACGCUCACAAAAAUGGUUGCGGAUAUUCAGGCGUCGCCGUGGAUUCAGGGACGUCUUCUGCUGCCGCAAUUCAGCGCAUCCUGUACGCACGAUCUGUGGAAGAAUCUGAUGAGACACGGAGUGCAGCCGGACCUCGGACAGAGUCAGAAGGCACCGCCCAUGGCCUCUCUCUGGCAUUGGGCCAGUAUGACGGUCGGAAGUGAAGGGAUCAGUGGGCUGCAAGCGGCCAAGGCAGGAGGAAAGACAACGGCUUCGCAGAAAGUGAGUCGGGGACUAACUUUUGCAUGAGAAGAAUGCUAGGCCAAGUUGUAUGUUGUACUAUUCAAAGUUGAAGCGCCAUUUCUUUGAUUUCCAGGCUCUGGAACAAGUGUGUCAUGGCCGGAUCUCUGGAGAAUCGCUCUAUGAAAAACACAAAAUGUAUGCGGCGCGCAUCGACUCGCCGUUCACCUACCUGGUCGUCGUUCAGGGCAUUCCCAUCUUCACCGGCUCCUACUUUGGAAAUCCGCCGCCGAAAUCGGCGGAACUCUUCGUCAAUGCUCCGGAAAGGUGACUUCUAGACCUUCCCAAUCGUCAACAUCAUCUGACUUUUCAGAAUCCGUCAUCGUCGUCAGGCGGCCAACCGAAAACGCAAGGAAAAGGAGACUCGGAAGCAGAAACUGUUGCGGAAAGUUCGCAAAUCGGAAGAGCGGGAGAAGGAGAAGGAUCGGAAGCGGGCGGAGAAGGAGAAGAGGAACAAGAGAAGGAGCGUCUCGCCGCCGACGUCUUCCACCACUUCUGUGUCAACCACGACGACGACUUCUCAUGAAGAGUCUCCGAAGUGCUCGCCGAUUCCAGAAGCCGAAGAGCAAACGGAGAAUAGAUUAGAAGCCGAAGGAAGGAAGGACGAGCAAAAGACGGAAAAGAGCAAAUCGAGUGGGUGGAGACGGUUUGCGAACAAGAUUUUCCGUCGAAAGUGAACAUUGCCUAACUGACUGAUAAUUGACAAUAUAGUUGGAUUUGAUCGGGAAAUUCAGUGUCGGAUAAUAUUAAUUGUGUCCCUGUGUCUGCUUCCCGCCUUUUCUGCACCCGAUGAAGACGGAAAAAAACGCCUGCAGCCGAGUGGGAUUCAACCCGAAAAUAGAGGAAAAAUGACGUGGGAAGCGGUUAUUUUCGGCGUGGAUGUCAUCAUAAUUGGGUUGGAAGAGAAGCUCCGCCCACUUCUUUUUUUUUGGGAAGAACUGAAAUUGUCUGGGCUCAUUUUCAGCACACAUGAAAAAUGUGAAAUCUUGACAUUUUUUUGUUGUGAAAUCUUGUCAUCGUUCACUUCAUUUUCGCAGUAGCCCCGCACAUGUUGGGACAACUUCCAAGAGCCACAGUGAUCUUCGGAAUGCUCGUUGCCAAAAGUGAGUGAUCUCCUACAAAAGUGCAGUACUAGAGGUCAAGAUUUCACACGAAACGUUUCAGAACAAUAUAGCAUGUCUCGAGGCGUUGAAAUGUCCACGCAAAGUUGGAAUUCAAUCUAUUUCCGUGCCAAAUUGUCGCCAAAAUUAGAUGCUCCAAAAAGAGACGAAAGUGCACUCACACAAAAUCCAAUUUCGGGCACUGACUAAUAAUUCCCAGAAUGAAGUCCUUUGAAGGAUUAUCUCUAAUCACCACAAUUGCUCCGGCAAAAGAACAUCUAAAUUUGGUCGGAUCACAAAAUGAGCUCUCAAAUUUUGAAAGACCAAAAUAGACUCGAAUUUUCUUAUCACUUCCCCACCCUCCCUCCUAAUAAUCUUCCAUCUAACUGAUGUUGGCCAAAAAAAAAAGCGUGACCCGUCAUUUUUUCUCUGUUUCUGAAUCACAUCAUCUCGUUUUUUUUUCCGUUUUAUUUAUUUUUGCGUCGAACGACUUGCGUCACUUUAAUUGCUGUUUCCGCGGCGGAGCUCAUGAUGGCAUAUUAUUGUGAUGGGAUCAAAUCGUUUCGUUUUUGCACAUUUCGCGAUUUUUUCUCUUGUUCUAGACCGGUGGUUCACGUGCGGAACAUGUGCUCACCAGAGAUGUUGGGAAUUCCGUGUUCCGUGUUCCGUGUUCCGCGUUUUUUUGCAAUAUUUUUUCCGUGUUCCGUGUUCCGUAAAAAAAAAAAAUUUCCGUGUUCCGUGUUCCGUGUUCCGUAAAAAAAAAUUUCCGUGUUCCAUGUUCCGUGUUCCGUAGAAAUAAGUUUUUUCCGUUUUCCGUGUUCCGUGUUCCGUAAAAAAAAAAAUUUCCGUUUUCCGUGUUCCGUGUUCCGUAGAGUAAAAUUUUUAUUCCCAACAUCUCUGGUGCUCACGAGAUUCAAUGAGUCUCGACAGAUUUCGAGGGUGCAUUUAACCGCGCGCGCUUGGACAUUUCGCAACCAAACAAUUUUCAGUCGCAAACCAUGUCCCCAAAGUAGAAAACCCCGAAAAAAAGAGCCGAAAAUAGUGGAGAGAACGGAGCUUGAGGGAUUAUGAAACGAAAAGGAAAUCAGUGUGCAAUUCAUCUUAAAGUAGAGCACUAAUCUGUGCUCAUCCAGAUCAGAUUCAUCGGGUACUCUUUCUCUCUCUCUCUCUCUCUCUCUCUCUCUCUCUCUCUCUCUCUCUCUCUCUCUCUUUCUCUCUCUCAUUUCUUUAAUUGAAUCUCCUUCUUUUCCUCAAUUUCCUUUUCAGAAGCGUCGCCCGUUCUGUGGUCCCACACAAUAUAACUCAAUUAUGUUGUGUUGUUUGGUCUUUUUCGGGCCGGCGGGGGCGGAUUUCCGGAAGAGACUAUAGUCGAUUCGAAAAUUUGUAGCGCUUAGUCUAAGGACUUUAGAGCAUGAUAAACGAAACAACUACUUUCUCGUUUUCAAACUGAAUUCAACUUUUUCACCCAUUUUUCUCGUCGGGAUCCCUUCUCGUGCGAAACGACGAGCGACGGCAAUUAAAAACGAGCUGCGUUGCUGUUUCCUCAUUGAAAAUAAUAAAAAAUAUGGCGAGAUAAUGGACUUUUCGAUUGCCAAUGACUCAUAAAAACGUUUCUUUCGCGAGAAGCUUUUUUUGAAAAAAUUUCCAACUGCCACACGCUUAUCACUGCCCUUAGCCGCCGCGCCACGCAAUACCGGAUGGAGUGUCGGUUAACUCUUUUGGCUGCCAGAACUUCGGCGCGGGUUCGAUCCCCGUGCGACUCAAAACAUUUUUGCCGUUUCCUUGUUGCCACAACACAAGUUCAAAGUGCAUUUCAUGAAACUUCUAGGAGGCGCUCUCGAAUUUCGCAUUUCGCAAUUCAAUCCCUUUUUUGCGCAUUCGUCCAUUUCGGGUCACAACCCGCUCACUGAUCUACUCUCCCCCCACUGCAACCCUCUUUCGAAAGAGAGAGAAAGAGAGAGAGAGAGGCGUAAAACACUAACGAAAAAAGGAAUAGGAUGGGCAAAAAAGCGAAAAGAGAGAGAAAGAGAGAGAGAUGAAGGGAUGUCUGAACGAUGAAUCACACAUUUUGGGCCUAGGUUUGGCGCCGAAAACGAAAAAACGCGGUUCUCUUUUGAUGUGAAUCGAAGUACACAAUUUCUAUUAUUUUGUAUUCCUCACACAUUCUCUUUUCCCUGUUUUCGGUAUCGGUACAGCCCCCACCCAUUUUUUUUUCCCGGAAUCCCCAUUCGCUUUCUGUUUUUCUUCGCUUCGGUCCUGGUCCCCGACUCAUAUGAUCUCGUUGACUCACACAAUCUUAUUAUCGAAAUUGAACUUCUAAAUCCUAAAAUUGCCGUGUUGUUGUGUUGGUAGUCAGAUUACACGAGACCGCCCUAAGCUCCUAGGCAAUUCGAAUCGCCAUUUUUGUAGGCGGGUCCAAAUCAUGUGACCACAACUGGUUCUGACCUAGAAACAACCAGUUGGGUAAUUGGAAUUGGCGAGCAGAGAUCGGCUGCGGGUUUGAGCCCAGAAUCGAGCUAGAAUCGCUUGGUGGCCUAGAAUUGGAAUUCUAGGCCAUCCCACAGUUGGUCUAAGAAUCCCAGGGUUGAAUUGCUAGGCGGUUAUCUAGAAUUAUAGCCGACAUUUGACAUUUUGCGGAAAAUACAAGUCUGAAAGUUACUAUCAGGCCCGGUUGAGUUAAAGACCAGGAUCCAGUGGGUUGGGGGAUCAUUGGUUAUGAUCCAGACGCGCCCCUUCCACGUCAUGAACCUUAUAAAUGUGCAAUGAGCUCUUUCUGGUGCCGGACACCCGAAAUGCUGCUCAACAACCAAUCUCGAGCGCAGUUUACUCGCUCACUUUUUCCGAUUUCGAAAUCGCUCUUCUUUUCGCCGUUUCCGGAGCUCGGAGCCCAAAAGUUGAGCUCUUUUUGGUGCGUCAAAGCGUUAAAUCCGCGCGUUUUUCGACACCGUUUCGAAAUAAGAUAAUAUUGUCCAUUUCUGCCGAUCGGCCUGAUGUUUUGAUCUCAUUUUCUUGAUGAUGUUCCAUUAGAUUGAAACCUUUGGACCAAUUUACUUUACUUCAAUAUAUCUCAGUUAAUUCUCAAUAUUUUUGUACACGCUAAAAAACGAAUUGAAAGACCCAGUUCUGCUCUACAACAUUGUAGUUGAUCACUUUUUCCGAUUCUGCACGCACGCACCUGAUAUUGUCGUUUAACUAAAAAGCGGGUAAAAAGAAGGCGGUCAACUUGGCGCCACCGUAUCUCGGUGAGUUUUAGACAUUUUUAAAGAGUUAAAAAAGGAAAUGGAAGCUCUAGACAUGCUCUACAAGUUCACCGUUAAACGGCUCUCACAAAAAUGUGCUUCAAGUAGUGAAAAUGUGAGUUGAAGUGAACCUACUCAGGUCUAGUGUUGAUACAGUUCAUUUUCGAUACCAACUUUUUUGCUACUGGUCUUUUCUUCUCAAUCAAUGUUCGCCAAAACCCUCGCUUCGAAUGGUGCUUGAUGUUACUUGUCUCUCAAGAAAUUCCAUCGGAAAAGUGAGAGAAAGAGUGGGUAGAGAGAGAGAAACUGAUAAAAACGAGUGAUAUGGUCAGCAGUCUCUCGUGUGUGUGUGUGUGUGUGAUUUGUUGAUUUGAUUCGAUUAAAUCACUCAUUUAUCUGUCUUCUUCUUCUUCUUCACUUUUUUCCCCAAUGUUUCUUCUUUCGUCCUAAUAGGUCUCACUUGAAACGAUUAGUCAUAGAAGAGAAAAACACAAGACACAGACCGAAAAAUGAUCAGAUCAUAAAUGAGAAGUGUGUUUUGAUGUUGUUGCGAAAGGAGAGAAGAAGAGAAAAAAGAACGAGACUUUUUAUGGGUCUCCUCGACCCGUGAUCUCUUCUUUUAUUUAGUAUUCAACACUUUUUUGACCAACUAUUAUCGGUCUCACGAUUUUCAUUGUUACUUCCUUUCGGCUUCUCUUGGAUCUUUGCCAAGAAUCAAACCGUGCUAUCUUAAUUUUGGUGCAAGAUCAUCAAAAUCACAACUUACGGAAGCGUUAAAGUGUAUAAAAAGAGCGCUCAUUUGCCGUUUUGACCAUGCAAAAAUGUUUUGAAUUGACAGAGAUAUGGUGCGUCGGCUAAUACCUUGAAAUGUUAAAAUUUUAGCGGUUCAAGUGAUUGCUCGAAAAAAGUGUACAACUACAAACUUUGAGCGCAUGUUUCGAGCUUUCAUUUUCGUGUUUAACUUUUGAAAAAUCGUCAAAACUGACUAAAACGCGUUUGGUCAAAGUUGCGCCUGAAAUAUUUUUCCCAGCAAACCUCAUCGCUUCUCCCAAGAAUCUGUAUAGUCAGAGGAAACUCCAAAACGACGGUGCUGUCGUUGUUGCUCAAUUUUUUGCCACGUCACCAAGAUUGAUGCGAUCGCAUUCGUUUUAUUUGAUACUACAAUCCAUCUUGCCACGUCAUCUACCGCCUACCCACUCUCUUUUUCGGCCAACACACAAAAAAGGGCAGGGUGUCUGGAGGCGAUUUCGAAAUUAUAUUGUAGCUUCCAAUAUGAAUCGCAUUUGUCUGGAAAUCAGUCGAACUCGAAGCGCGAUAAGAACCGGGACUGACGCAGUUCCAAUUGGUUUGACGCACACGCCAAGAAACUUGUUCCCCCCCCGAUAACAUUAAUCAUCUUCCGUACCGUCAUUUCUGGGUGGAAAAAGUAAAGUGUUCUGGUCAUUGGUCCGCCAACUGAUUGACCGUACUCGUACAGUUGCCACGUCGAAGUGCCAACUCGAAAACCUCGUCUACAAUCGGAUAUAUAUUGUGCUUCUUCUUCUUCUUCUUUCGCUUCUUCCUCGCCGACGAGCCCGCCCACAUUUUGCUCUCGCCCGCCGCAUAUGAGCCCGUCCAGAGAUUGCCUAGGAGUCUAGGCGCCGCCCAGUUUUGGCUCUCGGCCUCAUUAUCUUCCAGUUGCCCUCGUUUCUUUCCUUCCGCUUGUCGCCACCUUCACCACAACCCGCGGACAUUUGAUAUUAUUCAUCCAACUAUUUCUUCUUCUUCUUCUACCGACUGAUAUGAACCUCCCGCCCGGAUUCCCGCCGCCUCCGAAGCAACAACGGAGCAGGAGGUAUGUACGCUCUCUCUCUCUCUCUCUAUUUGAGGCAACACAAUUUCCGUUUCUUAUCUUUCCUAUAUUGUACACUUAUCAAAAGUGUGCCGCCACGUACACUGACUGACCUCUCAUUCUCGCCCUGAAUUGAACUGCUGAACUCGAACAAAAACCAGACAUCAAUUCAUCAUUUUCACCUGUUUUUAAUUGAUUCCUCCAAUUUUUCAUUUCAUUCUCAUCACCUGCUGCUGCUUCUUCCAACACUUUUGCCGAUGAUGAACUAUGACUAACAAGCAGUGUUGAGAAAUGAGAAAAAGAGAGCCAGUGUGUGCUUGAUAUAUAUGCUUGAAUCAGAGAUGAUUAGUCAGGUUCCGAUCGGGUUGAGUCCGAGUGUCUGGCCGGCCAGUCUGGUACAAGUCAAGCGGAAAGAGAAAGAGAGAGAGAGAGCCAAAAAUUGGAGUUGUGGUGGCUACAAACUCUAGGCUGAUCAGCAGUUUGCACCACCGAGGAAGGCAGGAUUACGAGGAGGACUUGGGGGGGGGGAUUUAGGAAAGAUCAUCGUGGACCACGAAUUCAGCUAUUAUAGGGGCACCGAACAGAAAGGGCGCUCUAUUGAGAAACUUUUUUGCAGUGCAAAUUGAGUGAGCUAGCUCGGGGCCGAAUUUGAAAAGUUAGGCCACGUUUUCAGUGGAAAAUUACUUCGCGGACUAGAAAUUCGGCCAGAUUGCGAACAGAGCGCCCUUUCUAUUCGGUGCCCCUAUAAUAUGACCGUAUGACCCUGUAAAUGAACCUGACUAUGAACUCAACUUGAGCACAAACUCCACAAUGAUCUGACAACAACAGGAUGUUGUCAUGUAGGUCACCGGAAAUUGGCAUAACAACAAUACUUGUGGCUCCAAUCUACCGUAAUCCGUGAAAGUAGGCGGUGACGGCUUCAGUUCCUACUCCUCUAGUACCAAAGAUCCAUGAGACUAACUGGAGCCAAAUGCUAAGAACGUAAGCCUAUCUAAGCCCCCCUCAGUUCUUACAAUCGAAACUUUCAACACUAUCGUCUUCCCGGGAAAAUCCAAGUCAUGUUAGUCUGAUGACGUGACAAAUCACAUUCUGCCAGAAGAAAACUUGCGACGCUACGAUUCCGCCGCUUCCGCCAUCCGUUUUGUACCUACAAUAUAAGUUUGGCCGCCGCCGCCGACAAUAACAACACACGAGCAGAAGACUUCGCGCGCGCGAUUUUGAUUUGGAGCGGGGGUUCCAACUUUCUGGGGAUCCGAGUAAUCCGAUGUUUGUCCAGUUUGUUCCUGGCGGCGCUUGGCUCUGAUUACGCAAAUUUUAAUGGGUAUAAAAUGAAUUCGAGACUAUACAUAGAUCAAAGAUUUCAAUGAUGGCGUGGAUUCCUAUCUGGAACUUGGGCUUCUUUUUUUUUUUGCUCGGUGCUCUCGGUCUCUGAUUCGUUAGUGAAGAAGCCCCGUUUUUGAGACACACACAGUGAAUUAGGAUUCAGAAUUGACGUGCUGUCUUGAUGAUCCAUAGAGUACUGUAGUAGGUCAAAGGAACAUCUCUGUUCCACCCAUCACGUCACUUAUUUUCACCGGGGGGGCACAGCAAAAAAAGAGCGCGCGGGAAAACAAUUCGCCAAUUGGCAAUUGGCAAUUCGAAAGGAGGCGCCAAUUCGUCAAAUUCAAAUUGGAUGCUGCACGUCUUCUUCUUCUUCUUCUUCUUCUUCUUCUUCCUCUUCUUCCCCGUCUUCGUUUCACUUCUUCAUUUUUUCAAUCACAUCACUCACCCCACCGCCGCCGCUUCCUCAGCUUUUAUAAUUGCGUUUUUGAUGGAUCUGGGCCACGUCAUAUUGACGGAAAAGCGUUUGUCAAAUCGGCUAGAGCUGCUGAAAUGAAAAAUGCGAAAGGCAUCUAUCUAGACUGUGUAGCGGUGCCACGUCAAACUUCUUUGACUCGAACGUCAGCGGCAGAGCAGCAGCAGCAGCUCAAUUCCUAAUCCGAGACGAAGUUUCUUCUAGCUCGACGUCACAACCGCCGCAGCAGCAGCAGCAGCAGCAAGCGCAUAUAGAAUCACGGCAGUGGAGAAAAGUGCGGUUCGUGGACGACAAGCUGCAGCAGCAGGAUCACGAGACCAACUACAUUUUGCGGCGAACUUUAGUUAGGUUAGUACAGGACAUGUAGGUAAAUUGCUCUUCAGUUUUGACCUACUUUUCACUUUUGUUCGUUGCUUCAAAUUGCUCUCAUUUCAAUAUUUAGACUCACUGGAUACUCUGAUCUACUAGAUAUUGUGUCAAGUUGGUUGACCUACAUUUUCCAAAGGUCACGCGUUUUAUUGAUUUGAUUCUCUGCUCGGUCCUCUCGCUCUGCCGCCACCUAAAAGUUUUGAGGCUAGGGGGGCGUUGACCUACUUUGUCCUGCUUGCACUUUUUCACUCAUUUCAAGAACCUAUCUCUCUCUCUCUCAUCGUGUUUUGCUCCUCUUAAUCCACUUUUGUGCUGCUCAUCCCUCCUAUUCCACAAAGCCUCUCAGCUUUUCCGCGUCUCUUUUGAGCCAAAACACAAGACGCGUCUUCCUGCUCCGCCUCCUGCUCUAGAACGAUUGAAGAGAGCACAAGCACAACAGCUCAAUCCAUCGCGAGCGCCGCCGAGACCCCCAUUCCAUUUUCCCAUUUUUCUCUCUCUCUCUCGGGCCGCUUUUUGUGUGCAUGUCAAUGUGUUUUCUGCCUCCCUCUCGCUCCCUCGUGAGAGAAAGAGAGAGAGAGAGAGAGAGAGAGAGAGAGAGAGAAAAUGGGUGGAGGAGACGGAGAAGAAGAAGAAGAAGAAGAAGAAGAAGCAGAAGCGAAAGGAGAAGAAGAAAAAAGAAGAUGGCAAAAAAAGAGAAAGAGAAAGCGGCUCGGAAAAAUUUCUGGACUCACUCGUCGAGCACAACCCUUCGGCGGUCCCCAACACCACGCUCGAGACCAACUCGAUUUCGAGUCAUCGCGACGCUUUUUCGAGGGGGGUUUCUAGGCCAUUCGGGCGCCGAAAGUUCGGCCGCCAAGAGUGUGUCGGUGACUAGGCGAUGUUUGAGAAAGUUAGGCCACGGCCAUCCUCAUUUACCGUAACUCUACGCUUCUUUUGUGUGUUUUGUGGCGGCGUUGGGUUCCUAGGCCACUCUUGCAAAAAGUUCGGCCACACCCAUUUUCCACCUGCUCUUCUUCCUCAUACACAUUUUUUUUCAAAACUUUGAAAAAAGAGUUCCCGGAAACACAUUUCCUGGUGUGUGUGUGUGUGUGCCUCGCUUCUCAAACUUUUGCCAUUCCUCCUAUGAUGACGGAGUGAGUGGCGAAGCCAUAUAUAUAUUGUUCUUUUUCUCAUAAUUGUGUCAUUCUCGGUAUUGGUUGAUGCCAAAUUGAAUUAGGCUCAUUGACAUUCUGGCGCGCGAAAAAGAGCAUGUCCGGGGAUUCACGUGCACCUUUGUAUUUUCCGGGGAAAAACCAAAGGGCUAUAAGCCUAUUAAAGGCGGGUUUUCCGUAUUUGUGUGUGUGUGUGUGUGUGGGGACUAAUCAAAUCAAAAAAGCGCGAUUAGUGUGUGGUGCGCACGACGACGCUCCUAUUUGAGCUUCUCAGAAGUGAAUGAGGUGGUGUGCUCAUGAUCGUAUGAUUCGAUAAAGUGCGUUACAUGCGCGGUGGUCUCCUGCAAGCUUCUGACGUCGGAAAUUUGAUUGGGGUUACUGUAGCUAGGCUUGUGUGCAAGUUUUCGUCACGGUGCAUACACCGAAAGCUUCGAGGCCUUACUGUUGCUGCUAACCCCCGGCCCCACGUCCUCCUCCUCCUCCAUAAAAUGCCCUUCUCGUGUCACUUGUCAAUCUGUCAACCCUCGCUCGUUUUUCUUGAAAUUCGUGUCGCUUUUCCGGCCGUACCUUCAUCUCUCUCUCUCUCUCUCUCUCUCUCUCUCUCUCACUCUUCCGGCUAGAGUUUUCGUCUGAAUGUUUGAUUAUUUGCAUGCAUGUCGACGUCGUCUUGACGUCUUCAGACAUGCGCCCACACCCGUUUUCAUCAUCACCAUCAACCGUGUUGUUCUUCCAGCAAACUGUCGUCGUCGGAGGCGGAUUCGGCGCGGGUCGGCGCGCGUCAACGCAACCGUUCGCUCAAAAAGUCGCCGGCGGUGCAGGAUGACGAUCCGACCACUCAUCAUCAGCACCAUCAACACCAUCUACAACAACACCAGCACCAGCACCAUCAGAUCACCUCGACGCAUCCGCAUCCGCUUCAGGUGCAUCCGUUCCACAACACCUCGCUCCAGCAUCAUUUGGCGCCGCCCACCACGAGCUCCGCGGCCCCCGAGCCACGUAGAGCCGCCAGUUUUGACGUGGCAGCCGUUUCGGCCGUGCCCAAAUUGUCUCCAGGUGAGAGAUUUGAAUGUUUCACAACCAGACGCUACGUGUGCCCCGGUUGCAAAGUGUCAGCUUCGCUUCAAGUUCUGAAGCGGAAGGAGUUUAGAAGCAAACGUUUCGCAACCACUUUAUCUAGCUGUUCGAAUGUCGGUUGCCAAGUGUUCGCUUCAAGUUCCGGGGACGUUUUGCAACUAAUCACAUUUUUGAACUGGCGCUUGGUUGCCGGCAGUUUAGAACAUGAACGUUUUGCAACAACUGGGGUUCCAAAGUGUCGUUGCAAAACGUCCUUUAACCACUAACCAUAUUUGUGCUCAGCGCCGUUCCGUCCGGGCUCGUUCGACGCCGGCCGUUCGGCGUUCUCUCCGGUUGAAGUGCCCCGUCUUCUCGUCCAAUCUCCCCUGUCACCCCUUCAGGUACUAAGCCUAAGCCUCCGCCUCCCACUUUCCACACUAACUUUUGCCCCCCAUUUUGAAGCUCGAACCACCGCCCGCCGCCACCGACAAUCGAUUGCUGACUGUGCCGUCGCCGUCGGAUUUCCGCAAAAGUCCCGUCGUCGAUAACCAUCGGUCCUUUUCGUGUACGUCCUCUUCCACUUUUUCAGUUUUAUUUUGGUUUGCAUUGGAAAAAUCUAUUGGAUUAAUUAAUUUCGUUUGAAGAUUGAAGACUAACAAGCAAACUAAUAAUUUGCGAGAAUUUGCGAGAAUUUGCGAGAAUUUGCGAGAAAACCUUGAGAAUUUGCAGGCGAAUCCCCGAAAGGCGCGGCCAACUCGACCGAUUUUCUGACCCAGCUCACUUUGAGCCCGAACCUCAUUAGUCAGUUGUCGGCCGCAAUAAACCGCCCAAUCGGCAUCGCUUCUCCGCUCCUGGACGACCUCAAAAUGAACAUUGGACAGUUGCCGAAAGUUGAGGUUCGAUAAUCAUUCAAAACUAUGUAUCUCGGCUGCUGAUAGAGGUUUCAAAAUACUGUCAACUAAUAAAAUAUGCACAAUGUCUUUCUGAGAAAAGUAUCAGUUGGCAGUUUUUUGAUAUCUCUACCGACAGCUGAGAUAUAUUAUUCUAAAAAAAAAGGUGUUACUGGUGGUACUUACCACUUUUGAUUUAUAGCAAAUGGACUGCUCGACGGGCGGCUCAUUCGAGACGAUGGCUUCUGGAAGCUUUGAAAUAAUGACAAGUGCUCAAUCUUCCUUCGAUCAGGUUUGUAUGCCAAGUUUCCAGGAAACGGAUAGUAUUACAGGGCACGCAUACGAUCAGCCAGGCGACUGCGGAGCUGCUCGCUCAAAUGCCGCCCAAAUCGAUCAUUCAGGACGAUAUUCGCGCCGGAAACGGCCGGUUCGCACUUGUCCGAAAGCGCGGACGAUCCGAAGUUUGGAACUUGUUUGGACAGGUACGGAAGGAGGUGACAAAUUAAAAAGCAGCAGCCAAAAAGGGGGGUGUGGCGUCGAGUUUUUUCAAGUGCGAAUUUGAUCAUUUGUUUGGUUGAAAAUCACACAUUUCAAAGCACUCCACUUGUAGCUGAGCUCCAAUUUGGCACGAUGCUCCAGCGUGCUCAGAAGCUUGCUCACCAGAGUUGAGCGGAAGAACACAACGAAAGAACACAGAAGAAUUUUUAUCUUUUUUAGAAAAUUUUUUCAUGGAAUGUGAUCAACUGACGAAAUGUGUAGAAAAGUGAACUCUGCUCAUAGAAAAAUAAUUGUAAAUUUAACUUUUCAUACAAAAAAGUUAUUCGAGUUGUUGUCCUUCCGUCUUCCGUUUGCCCUUUCUUCACGGAACAACUUGAAUAACUGUUUUGUAUGAAAAGCUAAAUUUACAAUUAUUUUUUUAUGAGCAGAGUUCAUGUUGCUCUACAUUUUGUCAGUUGAUCACAUUCCAUGAAAAAAAUUUCUAAAAAAGAUAAAAAUUCUUCCGUGUUCUUCCGCUCAACACUGUUGCUCACCAUCAGACACUCUAAUAACCGCCCUUUUUCUCUUUCAGGUAAUGGACAACGUGACACAAGUGCGUCUGCCCUACGUCGCCUGUUACGCGUGCAAAGUGCUCUACACGGACACGGGCGGCGGCACCGGCAACAUGACACGUCAUCGGUGUCCGAUCGGAGCCAGCUACCGCUCGAGCACGCACGCCUCCUCGACGGAGACGGUCGAGCCGGGCGGCGGCUCGUUCGACUCGACACCUUCGGCACGGGCGGCCGGCGAAGCGCUCUCUCGCUCGGCGCUCUCGAUCAACAUGGCUGAAGGCGUCGGCGGCGCCUCCUCGGGCGGCUCCGCAUCCGGCUCCGGUGGCUCCGCGUCGCUUCCGCUCCUCACGCAGCACUCUGGAGAGGUACGUUCGAGCCCGUUUCAGUUUGUCAAUGCGCUCUCGCGACGGUUCUAGAUGUUCCAGAACACUAUCGGCGACGUGGAUCGCGAGGUGUUGACGGACGCGAUCGUCAAGUGUUGCGCCCUCGAUCUCAUCGAUCCGAUCGUGUUCAGCGGCAAAGGAUUUCGUGGGCUGCUCAAACAGCUGAGCCACGUGUCGAAGCGAGUGUCCGAGGCGCCCGUCGAAGGUUUUCCCGACAUUCAAACUGUGCGGAACGCGAUGCAAACGCACCUCCGCUUCUGUCAGGACGAUCUAAAAAACGAGCUGUCACGGACGACACAGGGAUGUCGAUUGGCGAUCGAGACGAUGACCUACUCGGGCAGAGACUAUCGUGUCAUUCAUGGAUCUCGGAUCAGUCCGGAUUGGAAGUGGCGGAGCAAUAUUUUGGGGUAAGAGCCAGCCAAGAGUCAGCCAAGUCAUUCAAACAUUUGCCACAUUUCAGAGUGUUCAAAGGCAAAGAAACGGAAUCGCUGAAAGAGAUGGUAAACUUGGUGAUCCACAACUACGAACUCAACAAAUCGCUGCUCCGCAUAACCGUACCCAACAAGACCAACGACCUCGACGAGUCGGUCAAAUACUUCCUCGACAUUAAGGCGAAACUGAAAGACAUUCUCUUCACGAUCCUCUCCGCCUGCACGCUCGAAGUGACGAAGAUGCUCGAAGGAAUCGAUCGACUCACAAAAGUGCUUGUGGAAAUGGACGUGCGUCUUCCAUUCGCCACAGAGCCACGCGAGGACAUUUUCGACGUGCAUCACCUUUUGGCCGAGUGGAAUGAUCAGUGGGGACAGAUGGAGCAGAUCAUCGCGUCGAAGACUCCGAAUCUGCUCGACGACUUCAAGAAGAUGAAUCCGCAGCACAUGCGCGACCUCGAGAUGUUCAUUCUUCCGUUCCGCGAGACCAUCGAGAGCCUCACCUCCGAGCAUCCGAACUUUCACAAAGUGCUUCCCGAAUGGCUCGCGCUUCAGCACGAGUGUCAGGUGCAGAACGACGAGCCGAACGUCUUGCUCCGAGAGCUCAAGGAGAUCGCCACCCGGGUUCUGCUAGCGGAAAAAGACAAUAUUCUGAGCGAUGAGCACCGAAUCGCGGCGAUCCUCAACCCGCGACUCCUUCGCAAGUUGGGCAUGAUACUGACGGAGGCGGAAAAGAUCACGGCGUGCGAGAAAAUCCGCUCAAUCUGCAACUUUCGCAAUCCGAAACAGCCGCUGAGCCGCGGAAGCUCGUGCGAUGGAGAGCCGCACAGGUGGGAAAUGUUUGUGCUCGCAAACUGUUGGCGAUAUUUUAUGAGUGCCGGUGUGGUUUUUUCAGAAAGCGACGCAUGUUCUUGUCGUCGUUGGAGGACGAUCAGGCGGUCGACGAGCUGGAGUGCUAUCUGAGAUCACAGUACGGUCCACAUCAGACCAAGUGAGUUUUUGAGCAUCACGGCGAACUUUGAAAAACAUUGUACUUUGUUGCUAUGGAAGAUUUUGUCGGAUAGAGAGCAAUCAGAACUCUUUUCAGAGACGUCAUCACAUUCUGGUCGGUCACCGGUCACACCCAGUUCCCAACGCUCAGCGCCCUGGCUCGUCGGACCCUCUGCACGCCGGCCAUCGCGCCGAAAACGCAUUUCGACGCGAGAUGUGCGUCCGUGAGCCCCGAUCAACUGCACACUUUUCUCAUGCUCCGCUCGAUGUUCGACUCGGAGAAAGACGAGGAGACCGCCUAG